UAAUAGUGUGUUCAUGCACCCCUUCUAGACCAAAAUCGUACUUCAUUAUAUACUACGUCAUAUUCAUGUUCAUGUAUCAGUGCGUGUAAUACAUCGCGCUUGACGUAAUUCGGAAAAAAAAAUUGUUCGAUCUGCAAACUGUACCACUAUAGUUUUCAUUGUCAAAAUAUAAUUUUUAUUACUACAUAAUUGGUACAAAUAUUUUGAAAAACAAAAAUGAAUUCGAUAGUCGUUCCCGACAAUUUACCAGAAAUAUUAAAAAAAUAUGUGAAAGCCGCGAUCCGAUCUCAGCCUGAAGACAUUGUUAGUUGGUCAGCAGAGUAUUUCAAAAGCAUAGAUGAUCAAUACGUUCCAUUGGCUACUACUCAAAAACAAGAUCGAACUCUAUUCAGAAUAUUAGCUUUUCAAUUAGGUACCACAAUAGGCACUAAAGAAAGAAUAGAAGAAGUGUGGUCGGACUUAUCACUCGAUUUCAAUCUAUUAGAACAAAUUUAUACGAUUGGAAAUUUUCGUGCAGAACACGUAGACAUGAUAGAAUUUUUGGGUAUAACUUUUGGACAUUGGACAAAAUCGCUAAAAGAAACUGUGUUAUUGUGCUGCGAAGCGUUCUGUAAAUGUUUGGCCACUGAUGGUUAUUUCAUGCACGUGGAUGUCGCCUGCAAGCUCUACGGGUACCUAGCGAAACUGGAUUGUUCACUUCCGGCUGAUGAUGAUUGCCCAGACGGCGGCGUGAGUGGUAGCAAAUCGGCGAUAGUCCAAACCAGCAGGUCUCUGGACGCGUCUCCGGCGCCGCCAGCCAACGGGGGCCAGCUGCAGCAAAACGUUUGCGUAUCAUUGGAAUCGAUUUUGGCCCGUCGUCUGGCAGCAGCUGCCGUGGACGGUGGACCGAAGACAGGGUACCACGUACCAGGUAUCGGAAUGGCAGCGUCCGACGGUCAGGUGCAAGCGGUGUUCGUGUAUUUCCGAAAAUGCGCUGCCGACAACGGCGGUUACGUGUACGAUUUCGACAUCGAGAACGAUCGUUGCCCCCGGUUGGACGCUAUUAAUAAUAAUUAAACCGCGACCUGAGUGUCGUAACCACCGUGAAUUUCGCAGUUUUGUUUCGUAACGUCAUUAUAUUUAGCGGGUACCCGCGCAUGUCAUCGACCCGAGUGCGGAUUGGGAUUCAAAUAUAAACGCGGCCGCCGCGCACCUAUUUAGCACACACGCCGUAUAGCGAUACGCAACGCACAUAACGCAUUGUGUUAUAGGUAUUACCAUUGAUUAUACAUAGUAUAAGUACUAUGUAUAAUCAAUGGUAUUAUAUAAAAUAUACAAUUACAUUUUAUAUAAAUAAGCCAUAAGUUAUACCUACCUAAGAAACUAAAUAAUACGAACUAUACAAAUAAACCCUUGUAGGCUUCAAGACUUCAAUGGCACAAUUGAUUAGGUACUCGUUCAUAAUAGGAAUUCACUUACAGCUGAAAUGUAAACAGAAUAAAUAUGUUUCAUAAUAUAAUAAUAUUAUGAAUGUUGCAGACUAACGUCAAUUAACAUCGAUUCAUUUAAGAUUUUCGUGUGACAGUCGAUCGAACUCCUUAUUUCCCCCCCCCCCCCCCUAGAUCCGGUACUGCCUGCAAUCGGAACUACAGUAUUGUGUAGUAUAUACCUAAUUUCCUUAAUAAAUCUCACUUAGGUAUAUCAUUAAAAAAAUAUUGAUAAAAUUAACCAUUUAAAUUUUAAUCCGGCCUCGAUUUCCGAUCUCUACAAAUUAAUUGUACAUUUUUUCAUUACCUAGGCAAUUUAAUUAUUCAUUCGGCUCGCUGAAGUACAUAAAACAACAUUAUAUUAUAUAAAAUAUAGAAUAUAAUAUUAAGUUAAAUGUUAUAACCUAACAAGAUCAGAACAAUAGAAUGUAAGUCUAAGACAUAAACAUAAGACAUGUAUAACAAAGUCCACAAAUAUAUUUUAUUACAAUUUACAACCAUAAAAUUAAUAUAUUAUUAUAUAAUAGUGCCUCAACUCUUUGGGGUAAAUAUUUAUACUGCUGAAAUCGUUAUUUACCGUGAUUUUCUACAUAUUUAUACGACCUGCAAUUCAAGAAAACAUGCAAAUACGGUUUACUCUUAAAAAAAUUCAACGUGGGUUGAUUAGCCAAAACCAAUGUUUGGCAAGUUCCUUAUAAAAAGGAAUUCGUUCCGUUCCUUGUUCCUUUCAAAAAAUAAUUCGUUGUUUGUCGUUCCUUUAGAAAAUGAACGAAUUCCAUUGGUAGUUCCAAAUAAAAUAAAAAUUCGUAUUUAAUCAUUAAGGUUUUUUUAUCAUAUGCAUACUUGUUUAAUUUUUAAUUAUAAUAUAUAUCUACAAAUUGGCUAUAAGUAGAUUUUCUUCAAAAUUAAAUUGUUGGCCGACGUAUGUCGACUAUCUUAUCGUUUAUUGUUAUAAAUAAUUAUAUUUUAUAUAGGUACUCAUUUCUAUAUAAAUUAUAACUUAUAACUAAAGACCGGAUUUAUAUGUUUUUACAUAUCGUUACUGGGUCUAUGCAGUCUUAUGAGAGUAAAAAAUGUGGAUGAUUUGUUCAAUUCUGAAUGCAUUGAAAAAAGUUUUUUUUGCAUAUUUGAGAAUAUUUUAUGGGUUAGAGAAUAUUUAACUCAUUUAGCAUAUUUUGGAAUAUUUCGUAAAUUGUGAGAAAAAAUUUGUAUUUAUUUUUAAUUUUAAUAUUACGGUACCCAGAAAAAAAUUUUUUGAACAUUUACAAUUUUUUAUUUUAUCAUUUCCAACUCUUACUAAAGUGGAAUAAUAUUCCAUUAGAAUACGAAACUUUAAAUACCUAAUAAUUAACUCACUAUUAAUAUAAAAUUGAAAAAAAAAAUUUUAAAUGUAUAUUAAAGUAAAUAUAAUGAUGUUUAUUGAUUAUUUUUGCAUAUUUUUGCUUUUUUUUUGUAUAUUUUGCAUAUUUUAGCAUAUUUUUUAAAUUUUUAAGAGAAUAUGAUGAGAAUACUUUAAGGUUUUUUCGAGAAUAUUAGCAUCAUAUUUAAGGUAUUUUAAGAGAAUAUAAAUCCGGUCUUUAUUUAUAACUUAUGAGAAAUAUUAAUAAAGUGACUAAUGACUAAUGUGUAACGAUUAACGUCGAUACUCGAUAACGAUCAUUAAUUGACAGUAGACAUUUUUCACAUUAAAAGAAAUAUAUCUUAAUUUAAAUUAUUUACAUAAUAUCUGUGUAAAUUAUUGGAACUAGAAAGGAACGAAAAAUGUUGUUAUUUUCCCUUAAAUAAAAGAACUAGAAAAUCAUCUAGUUCUUUUUUUUAUAAAAAGGAAUUCGUUCCAGGAAUCCGUUUCUUCCGAACACUGACCAAAGCCCUGUUUGGCGUCCACAUCUAGCAAUAUUGAUAAAAAAAAAUAUACGACACUCCGUCACAACUGUUGCCUGGUUCUGAGUACCAAUAGUCGUGCAGUAUAUAGUGCACUGUGCGCAGUCGGCUACUCGUCUAUCAAGUUAAUUUUUAUACCUGAACAGUAUUUCAUAAAAUGCACACUGUAUGCAAAAUGUGUAAAUGUUUGAUCUGUAUAAUAAAAUAAGUAAAAUUGUAUUUUGUUUAUCACGUGAAACAUUACAAUAUUAUGUAUAAUAUUGUACCUAUAUUGUGUAGGUAUGUGGUAUGCAGGCAAAUGUCGUAAAGGUAUACCGAAGGCGUGAGAGUAUGUACAGUACGAUUGAUUAUUUAACGAUCAAAAAUGAAAAAUGUUUUAUUAAUAGUGAUAUUAUUUGGACUACCUAGUACCUAUAUAAAUAUAAUACAUAUUAUAAGUAAUGCACCAUCAUUACUAUUAGAAUUUAUAACGCGCGUUAUAACACGUUUAUUGCGUACCUACAUAUAUAAUGUUAUAAUAUCACACAUAUAUGUAUAUUUUAUUUAUUUGCACUUACCUACCAUUAUUACUAGAUAUUUAGGUAAGUGCACUAAUACAUUUUUUUAAAAUAUAAUAUUUUGAAUAAAUGCAUAAUAUUAUAUAAUAAUAUCUGGACGAACUGCCACCAAGCCUUUCUUUUAUUACAUAUUUGAAGGGUGCAGUUAUCGCUCAUUGCUGCUAAAAAAUAUAUAUAACACGAAUGUUCGACCAAAAUACAAAUUAAAGUUAAAUAAUUGUAUUUCAUUAACAUUUUAUAUUUUGCUACCGCCUGUCUAGACAAGUAUAUAUUAAUUUUAAACAGCCGUAUGCAAAGUCUUUAACGUUAUGUAUCACAACUCGAUUGUGGAAAGGUCACUGUAUGUCAAGUGAUGAAACCCUUAAAAUGCAAUUUUAUACAGGAGGGACUACAAUUUUAAUAGUUUUGUUAAAAAUUAUCCAAGGAACGUACAAUUUGAUUGGUAAAUCGUUAAACACGUAUUUUAAUAAAUAAAUAAACGGUUAAAAGUGUAAGAAUUAUUUUUUUGAUUAAUAUGAUUUUUUUAAUAUGCUUCAAUAAGUUAAGGAAUUUUAGAGUUUGCAGUAUUUACAUGGAUUGCAUAUGCAUUCUAUAUUAUUUAAAUUUUUGAUUUAUUCACAAAUAUUAUUUUAAUAAAUUGUUAAUUACAGUUAAAAUGUAUAGAAAAAUAUAGGUAACGCCUUUGCUGUUCACUAGACCUAGACGUUCACUAGAUAUAGGUACCGAUUGUACCUCGUCAAUGAGUAAGUCCCUUUUACAGAUUCAUUACGAAUUAAUUUUGAGUUCAAUGAUGUGACUAUGGAUUUUUAAUAUUUUUCAAAUAUCAUUGUAAUUAACAAUACAUUAUUAGAGGAAUCUUGUAUUAAAGGAUUAAAUUGUCAAGAUUAUUCAACGCUCCGAUCAAAACUGAGAUUUAAAAAAUAUUGUUUACGAUAUAAUAUCGAUGGUAAUAGAUAAAUCAAUAUAAUACCGUAUAGAGUAUGGACUAUAGAACUAAAAUUGAUGCGCGUAAUGACUAUGACUUGUGAUGCACAAAUUAUAAUCUAUUUCUAUUGUAAUAUUAUUUUAAUGAUAUGCCCACUGCGAUGUAGUUAAUCGUCUUAUCUUUAUCGGUCGCAAUUAGUAUAAAAAUAAUUGUAUGACUAUUUCGGUGUUUCUAUUAUUUGCAUAAAGGUUAUUAUUUAUUUGUGACUGUGGACUGUGCAAUGUGCACCGUGUGGUAAACGGAGGGACUACCCGAUGUACGGUUAUCUUCUCUAUAAUAUAGUCUAAAUAAUAAGUUAAUUGAACUGUAUGUUAUUUGUAUACAUUAAUGUUAUUUAUUACCUAUUAUUUUCUUUCUCAACAUGGUCAAUUUUUUAACAAUAAAUCGGUAUGUCAUUAAUUUAAAGUUGUAGUGACUUAUUCAACUGCUGAUUGUUUCAUUCGUAUUAUCUAAAUUCCGUAAUCAAUGAUA